GUGGGCAUGGUUGAGUGCGAGCCGAGCUUGUCCAAAUUUUUUUGGAGCUCAGCUCGCACUAGAACUUGUUUGUAGAUGAGUACGAGCAAUCCAUGGAUCCAAUCCAGAUAAGUCGAGGGGACGAGCCGACUACAAAGGACUGAUUGAGGAUUUGGUUAUGUUUUAUUUCUAUUUUCUUCUUUUUCAUUUUCGAUUAAACUGAAACUGGAUAACGUCGGCGAAUACAAAUAUUCUUAAACAAUUAAAAGUUAAAAAAAUUAUCAUCCUAACCCCGCGCCCAAACUCUACUCUGGCUAUUGAAGGCAGCAAAAGUCAAGUCUUUUUCAUUGAAAAUGUCACACGCAAUAAUGGUGGCUCCAGCUUUGCCGCGUGUCCCCGCCGUGAGCUUGGCCGCGAACCGGAAGCGGCGGCAGAGACCAUCCUCGAAGACUCCAAACAAAGACCAAAACCAGAAUCUCCCUCCAAACCCUGCUCUUGGCUUUGGUAUCAAGAAGAAAAAUCCUGUGUGGCAGUGUGUACAGAACUGCGGUGCUUGCUGCAAGCUCGACAAGGGCUUCGCCUUUCCCUACCCUGAAGAAAUCUUUGAGGACCCUUCUGACAUCGAGUUAUAUAAAAGCUUGGUUGGUCCAGAUGGGUGGUGCAUUCAGUAUGAAAAGAGCACAAGAAAAUGCUCCAUUUAUGCAGAUCGUCCAUAUUUCUGUCGAGUGGAGCCCGGAAUUUUCAAGGAAUUGUAUGGAAUUGACGAGAAAAAGUUCCAAAAGGAAGCUUGCAGUUCUUGUGUAGAUACAAUUAAAGCUGUGUAUGGAUUACGAUCGAACGAGUUGGAUAAUUUCAAUCGUGCUAUAUGGAGCACGAGCUCACAAUGAAGAAUCAACUAGGUCCGAUGCAGGUAACUAUCUAUUCCCCAGUCAGUUUUCGGUUCAGUAAUCACUUGGUUAGUGUCCUUGAAUGGGAUCUGCGGAUGAGAUGGUGACCAGAUAAGGCAUUCCUUUAAUGAGUUGAAUAACUUCUGGAGAAUUAUCAGAAUAACAUCAUAUUUCUGUUGGAGCUUAUCGAACUCCGCUUUGUUACAGACAAAUGGCUCCUGAUUUAUGGAGUUCACCUUCACGGAUGAUAUGGAUGGCAAUGACCCACAAACAGAUUUAAUACUGGUAGUUUUUAGAUUUACAACUUGGCAUCUUGAAACAGUUCUUUACAUUCUAGAAAAAGAAUCUACAUAAAGUUUUGUUUUGAAGGAUUGAGAUGAUAGCUACAUUUUAGGAUAGGAAGCAUCAAAGGUAAGUCCAAUGCACUAAAAUACGAUGUGGGACAUUCCAGUGUCUAUUAACUGGUGUAUAGAUGCCUGCCGAAAAGUAUCGUACAACUGUUAGUUUCUGCAUGAGAACAGUAUUUUGUUCAUGUAAACUUAGUUUUAUUCUGUAAAAAUGGUGAUUUUUACGAGUAA